AUGUGGGCCACUUGGCAAGGAGCAUGCCGCGCACGGGCGCGUAUCCCUACGCAAGGACUGCGUGUCCUGCGUGCAUACAGCACGGCACAACAGGAAGCAUCGCCGUGCACCGAGUACGUGACGCCGACGCACCCCGACCUGGUGCACCCCCCCCCGGAUUCCAACGUUGCGCACCAGCUGCAGCGUUUCGGGCAGACGACGCUUGGCACGUACGCGCGCCCCCAAGUCAUCUUUUCGUCCGGCAAGGGCCUGAACCUCUAUGCCGAGGUGCCGACUGAGCCUGGGGCGCCGACGGCCACGCGCACCUACCUGGACUUUUCUGCGGGCAUCGCCGUCAACUCGCUAGGCCACGGCGAUGAGCAGAUCGCCAAGAUCGCGGGCGAGCAGGCUGGUCUGCUCGUGCACUCGAGCAACCUGUACUACAACAACUGGAGCGGCGAGAUGGUGAGCCGCCUCGUUGCGAUGACGCGCGAGCACGGCGGUCUGGGCGUCCGCAAAGGCAUGCCGCUCCCCCCCAACGGCGAGGACCUGAAAGCGUUUAUCUCCAACAGCGGCACGGAAGCGAACGAGGCUGCGCUCAAGUUUGCGCGCAAGGCCGCGAUGAACAAGGUCGGUGCGGCGAACCAAAAGACGGGCCUUGUGUGUUUCCAGCACGCGUUCCACGGGCGCACAAUGGGCGCGCUGUCUGUCACGCCGAACCCCAAGUACCAAGCGCCGUUUGAGCCGCUGGUUGGCAACACGCGUGUCGGCACGCUGAAUGCGACCGAGAACCUUGAUGCGCUGAUCGACGAGUCGGUGGCCGGUGUGAUUGUCGAGCCGAUCCAAGGCGAGGGCGGCGUACUCCCCGCCGACCUGUCCUUCCUCCAGGCGCUGCGCCGCCGCUGCGACCAAGUCGGCGCGCUGCUGAUCUAUGACGAAAUCCAGUGUGGUCUGUUUAGGACGGGCAAGAUGUGGUGCCAUUCCGAGAUGCCGCUGGAUGCGCACCCCGACAUUGUGACGAUGGCCAAGCCGCUCGCCAACGGUUUCCCGAUCGGCGCGGUACUGAUGCGCCCCGAAGUCGCCCGGGCAAUCACCGUCGGCGACCACGGCACGACGUUUGGCGGCGGCCCUCUUGCGUGCCGCAUCGCGCACCAUGUGCUGGGCCGCCUUGCCGAGCCUACGCUGAUCCGCAAUGUCGAGGCGCGGUCCGCGCAGCUCAUUUCGCGCCUGACGCGCGUACGCGACCUGUUUGACGACCUGGUGCAAGAGGGCGGCCCCCGUGGCCAGGGCCUGCUCGUCGGUCUGCCCCUAAAGCAGGCGGAGCACGCAGGAAAGGUCGUCGCACUCGCGCGCGAGCGUGGCGUGCUCAUCCUCUCUGCCGGGAGCGACACGCUGCGCUUUGUCCCCAGCCUCACGGCCUCGGCAGAGGAAGUGGACAAGGCGAUGGAUGUGCUAGAGAGCAGUCUGUAUGUGUUGCGCGAGCAGGCGUAA